GCUUAAACGGACAUUGCAAUAGGGUUUUUACCUACCACAUACCUGUCCGCCUUCUGUUCUCGUUUUUAAUGGAAGAAUCGUUGAAAAGAAAGCUGGAGGAUGCUGGGGAUGUUGUUACCGAUACUGAACUAGUCAAAAAACAGGCAACGGUCAAUAAGGAGCCAAGUUGUCAGAGUAAUGUAGGUCAAGUUAGAAUUGCUGUCCUUCUUGGAUAUUCGGGAACAAAGUAUCAUGGAAUACAACUAAACAAUCCACAUGCAACAAUUGAGCGUGUAGUUUUGGAUGUUUUCCAAGCACUUGGUUUAAUUCGAGAUACUGACGCCGAUCACAUCUCGCUUUCACGAGCUGCAAGAACAGACAAGGGUGUUCAUGCAUUAGGCAAUGUUGUGUCAUUCUUGGUUUCUAAUUUCACCUUUACAGGCAAAGAAUUGGCAACUCGGUUGAAUGAAAAACUGCCGGAAGAUAUUCGUGUAUGGGACGUUUUAAAAGUUCCCAUGUCAUUUAAUCCUCGACUCUGCUGCGAUUCGCGAUUGUAUGAGUAUUACCUUCCUUCUUUUGCUUUGAUUCCGCCGAGAACUACGUGUCAGUUGGGCAAGAAAAUGCAACCCAAUCUUGCUCGCAAAAACUUGCCCGACGAAGAAGCCAAUUUCGUUCGGGAUAUCCAACAAGAAGUAAACACAUUUUGGGAAAGCAUUGACACUGAGUCUAUUCGUUUGAAAGAUGAAUUUGAAAAAGAUCCAGAAUCUUUCCAAAACCCUUAUACGAAAUACUUUCCAGACAAACCUAUUCCGCCCCAUAUAAAACUUCCUGCGACAGUGAAGCUUAAAAAAGCUUUAAAAUGUGUUGAGAGACAUUCUUACAUGAAGUACCGAGUUUCCAGUACCCGACUUGCUUUCUUUCAGAAAGCCUGCGAAGAAUACAUUGGAAAUCAUAACUUCCAUAACUUUACAGUGAACCAGGAUGCCGCUUCUCGCAGCAGCUGGCGUUAUAUUCAUUCUAUCCAACUUGGAAAGCCAUUUGUUUACAAGGAAUGGGAAUGGGUCCCCGUGUUCUUACAUGGGCAAUCUUUCAUGCUGCAUCAAAUUCGAAAGAUGCUCGCACACGCCAUCAUGGUUGUGCGAACUGCAGCACCUAUUUCUUGUGUAACGAAAGCAUUUACGGAGACACCAUUGAAUAUCAGCCGUAGUCCAGGGCAUGUGUUGCUAUUACGAAACCCAGUCUUUUCCAACAUUCCCCAAGAUUGGAAGGACAAAGGUUACGAAGACAUUCAUUUUGACGAGCAUGCCAAUGCUAUGGAAAAGCUUGCAGACACCCAAGUAUUCCCACAGAUGUUUGAAAUUGAGCAAAAGGAGCAAAUGUUUUACAACUUUUUAUCUUAUGCGAACGCUCAUGCAGGUACCCAAUUCGAUUAUCUCUAUGAGGAGUCCUAACGGACAUAUACCAUUUUACAACUUAACGUGCCACUCGACAACAUUUUGGUAAACGGCAGCCUGAAAAUUUUGACAAAUGUUUUACCCUACCCUAAAAAAUACAGUCACAUUUUUGUUUAUAAACUCUGGUCGAAUGUACCAACAACCACUGAAGUAAGGAGGACAAACAAUUUCUAUUGAAUUCCCAAUGUGUAAUGUGGUGGGCAAGUGGUUGAUUAAAACUUAAUUUAAAUUGAAACACCGU